GGGGCAGCAAAACGAUUACACUAAAAUGUGGGGCCCGUGACCUACGUUCAUGCGGCCAAUAUAUGACAUCAGGUUGAAGAACACGUUCCUCGAAUUCAGGCCAGUGGAUGUUUCCAAUGGGCAAUGUUUCCGCAAAACAUUGUCUUGUCCUUGCCUCCUCUUCGGUGUGACGCCGAAAAGUGAGGCUGUGGAAAGGACAGACAGUUCCGAGUUCCUGCCGGAGGUUGCCAGUACCGUGUCAACUGACAGCGAUGUUCCAAUAGCAGUCAAGGGUGAAAGUCAGAAAGGUGUGGAAGAAAAGUGUCAAACAGCACCGCUUGAAAGUGGAAGGAAACCUGGCAAGGCGCUUCAAGAUGUGCGCUCUGACCCUCGCAAAAACUGCAUUUCCAAAGCAGUCCUUGCUAUGCAGAUGCAAGUCAACAAGCAAUUGAUGGAGGCAAACCAUUGCAGUAAACCUGAUAUCUUCACUUUGGUUCGGACUCAGAUCCACCGAAUGAAUGCAGUCAAUUUGUCGACGGCUAUGCAUCGCAUUGCUCGACUUGGAGAUCCUCAAGGUCAAAAGGGAUGGAGUACCCUCGGUGCCCUGCUAAAUGCCAUUGAGAAACGAACUUGGCAAGAGUUGGAAAAUCAUGACGGUGCAAUGCCAGCAAGGUGUGCCACAAUCAUUGCCUGGUCCUGUGCAAAAUUGCAGGUGUUUCGACCAGACUUGUUUGCAACCCUCAUUCAGGUGGUUGGACUUGGGCUGGGCACGUGCAAAGAGUUUGAGGUCACCAAUCUAUUGUGGGCCUGCGCUCAGCUUGUCAAGCACCUUGCUUCUGCUGAAGAUGCUACACAUGACCUGAAGAAAAAAAACACUCUCAAAGAUGUAUCGCGCAGCCACUUCGAGCUUUGCUGAAUUCUGUUGAGACCUAUCUUCAGGGUCGGCUUCACGAAGUGAAAGGUCAGAUUCUCGUGUCGGCACUUGUCUCAGUCGCCACAUUGUCUUCGCUUGAGACUCUCUCCUUGACUACGCUUUUCCACAGCCUUUGUAAUGCUUUGGUAUUGAAAAGAAAGGAGCUGUCAUUCAACGACAAGACUCAGGUAGGAGUUGCAGGCCGGAUCAUGAGACUACACGACCAGCAAGUCGUUCAGGCAGUGACCCAAUCUCUAUCUGAGAAGUGCCCAGAGCUUGCCGCAUGUUUUCGUAUUUGAUGUCCCGACUGAUGCAAUUCGAAGGCUUUGCAUCUGGUCAAAACCUGAAUUCGGUUUGCAUGUCCGUGACCCGCCCAAACCGGAAUCAGGAUGUCUUGAAAAGGUCGGCACAUCGCUUGUGCCUCGGGUUUUUCCUCGCUUGUGCCUCGGAUGUAGUUCCUAAUGGC